AUGGAUAGCGAUCUGAAGUACCUCCUCUCUCUCCAAGCCGUCCGAGACCAAGCGUCCAAGGUCUUCGAAUCAGCGAAGCAAGGGAACCUGAAGCACUUCGACUAUGACGAAGGCCGUAUGGGAGCGGUUGCUGAUUAUGUGUCCAAAGUCAUUGAUCGCGACUUCGGCCCUGAUAAAUACGACACCAUUCCCCCUCACGGUCGCUGGCAGCAUUUCGAGGUUGGAGACGUCGCACGAGUCGAUGCCCUCGUGAAGCGAUGGUCAAGUGAAGAUGGCAUUGACCAGACCGAGAUCACUCGACGCUUGGUCGACUUGUUCUUUGUGUCGGUUCUUCUCGAUGCUGGAGCAGGCGAUGUCUGGCGGUUUAAAGAGCCUGAGACUCGACAGGUCGUUGUUAGAAGUGAAGGUAUUGCUGUGGCGUCGCUUCACAUGUUUACAGCUGGAUCUUUCAGCUCUGACAGUUCUCUGAAGGAGAAGGUCGAUGCGAAGGGCUUGAUUGAGCUGCAAGACAGCAACUUUGAAGAGCACUUCCAGGUGUCGGCUAGGAAUCCUAUGGUAGGAGUGUCAUCGCGAGUGAAGUUGCUUCAAGCUGUUGGCUCCAACUUGUUGAAGCACCCUGCAGUUUUCGGAGAGCUUGGCCGUCCAGGAAACCUAGUUGACUACCUCACAUCAAAGGCCUCUGGUUCCAAGACUCUUGACUACGAACAGCUUUGGUUCUGCUUACAGGACCUCCUCAUUCCGUCAUGGCCCGGAAACCGCACCGUCUUCGAUGGUCAUCCCAUUGGAGACGCAUGGCCUCUUGAAGUACUGGCUGAAAUUGCAGAUAGUAAGGGCGAUAAAGACCCCAAGAGCAAAAUUCAGCCGUUCCACAAGCUCACACAAUGGCUGGCCUAUUCACUCUCCGUCAUCUUUGAGAGACAAUUGGGUUUCACCUGGAAGAACAUGCAUCUAGGCACUGGACUGCCCGAAUACCGAAACGGCGGAUUGUUUGUUGAUCUCGGGGUCCUGAAGCUGAAGCCUGACGACUUGAAAGCUGGAAAGGAAAGUUCGGGACAAGAACUUCCGCAGUUUGAAGCCUCUGACGAUGUGAUCGUUGAGUGGCGUGCUCUGACUGUUGCGCUGUUGGAUGAGCUGCACAAGAUGCUCAAGGAGAAGUAUGAACCUCGUGGAGUCAGUUUGAGUCUUCUUCAGAUGUUGGAGGCGGGAAGUUGGAAGUCUGGACGGCUUUUGGCUGCGGAGCUGCGACCUGAGACUAAGUGCAGUCCGAUUCUGGUUAUUAGUGAUGGUACGCUGUACUAGUAGCAGUCAGCUAAGGAUAGUUUGCCCGGUUGAACGACGUGUAGCUAGUAAAUAAAAAGGCUCCAGAUGCAAAGCAAUUCAACC